AUGGAAGAAUUCAGGGCACAAACGUAUGAGAGUGCUAAACUUUAUAAGGAGAAGACCAAGUGUUGGCAUGAUAAGAGAAUUAUGCCACGACAAUUUGAACCAGGACAACAUGUGUUGUUUUUCAACUCAAGGUUGAAAAUAUUCCCUAGCAAACUGAAAUCUUGUUGGUCAGGUUCCUUUGAAGUAGCCAAAGUAUACCCUCAUGGAGCAGUGGAUGUCAAGGAUAUACAGACGGGGAUCACACUUAAAGUCAGUGGACAACUUUACAGAUUUUACAAGAAUUACAAAGAAAAUCCUGAAAAAGGGAAAGCAGUUGAGGAGGAACCAGAGAAAACAAAGUCAGUGAAUACUGGAGGCAAGGAAGAAGAACAAAAUGGAACCACCCCUACACUUGUACCAUAA